CAUGAAAACAGUUACAACAGCUGGAAUACAUCAGUCUGUGUUCAACAACAGAGCAAGCAGCCACGUCAGCAAGAAACAAGAUGAAACUCUGCGUACUGAUUGUGUUUGGGACCCUGCUCGUCCUCAGUCAUGGUAUGCCGCCAAUCAGCCGUGACUACAACACCCACUGCCGGUGCCUGCAGGUGGAGUCGAGGAUCAUCCCUCCAGACAACCUGAGGAGCAUCAAACUGUUCCCUGAGGGGCCUCACUGCCCGGACACAGAAGUCAUAGCUGGACUGGCAAACGGAGCAAAGGUUUGUCUGAACCCUCAUUCCACCUGGGUGAAGAAGCUGAUCAACUUCUUUCUGGAGAAACAGCAGAUGGGAAAGGCCUCCAAGAAACGGGCAUAAAUCCUGCAGUUGUCUCCAACUACCUGACCACUGAGCCAUGACUGAAGCCAAUAUUUAACCCACUUUGGCUUUUUGCUUUUCUUUUUUUUUGCUACUUUAUUUUAUUUCUACUGAUUGUGUAUUUCUGAAUAUUUUACACCAAUGUAUGGAAUAACACUGAUUUUAGAAAAAGAAAAUCUUCCUGUUUUCAGAGUGUUAAAGGAAAAAAAAACUCACCAGUCAAGUGAUUGUAUGAGCAGAUCUUGCAUGUAGCAUUAAAUAUGUAGCACUGUAAUACGUAACACUGUACUUCCUUUUUUCUACUUCCUUUGGUGAAUCUUCUUGAUCAGCAGCAACAAAUGAUUUAAUACUCAGUAAAGAAACACUCAGAACAAUGCAGUUAUUGCAUAAUGAAAAUUAAGUUGCUGCAAAGAAAAUAAAAAUGUUUAAAAAAUAAAA